AGAAAUACAAGAAUUUGAAAUAGUUUUGGAUCUUUUGCUUUAUUUCGGGUCUGAAAAGAGAGGAGUUUCUAUGAUAGCUUUUUUUCUUUGGAAUCUCUUCUCCUGCGAUAAACACGUUUUAUCUUGUCAAAAAUCGAUGAAUUAUUCAACGAAUUCCGUUGCUCGCUAUCUCAACAGAGAUCUAUCAGGAUUGUAAAGUGUCUCGUUAAUUAUUCCAUUCACAUAUAUGAUUCUAGAGGACGAAUCGAUCCUCGUUUUUGGACGAAUCUUUCUUAUCCUUAUCCCGCGUGUAAUUUCGAUCUAUCGAAUUCAGGAAAUCGAGUCACGUCGGCGGGUAUAUGUCGUUUCGUAACACCAUCAUCGAUUCUGUUAAAAACAACCACGUCUUUGUCUUCCUUAAAUCCGUGGGCGAUAAAUUAUUCCGAACACGACCCAAUUUCCAAAGCAAAUAAAUUUUUUUACCAUUUAACCCGCGAUCGAGAAAGUAACCAUAACAUUCGAAAUCUUCGCAGUAUACUUUUGAUCCGAACCGAAUUUAAAAAUUUGAAAAGACGCUCCAAGUCGAACCGCGUAAAAGAGCAAUUUUGCCUUCAACGCCCCUCAAUAUCCAAUAAAUCUUCCACGAAUCCAAAUUUAAUCAGGAAUCACGGGAUGGUGGUGGAAGAUCCCCGUGGAUUGAAAUUCUGAUCGCGCGUUCGAUCGAAUUUCCCUUGGCACACGCGUGCACACAACUCGAGGAGGAACGAAGAAAACCGUACAUUCGGGACACAGUGAAAUCUGUCGUGAGAGUAAUGUCGCGCGAUGCAACAAAGUCUGGUUUGGAGACACCCUUUUCUAUUGAUCAGCGCAAUUAACGUUCACGUUCUUUCCAUGUCCGUUCGGUUACCCAUGGAAAACGGAAAGACGAGGCUCGCGAGUGAAAAAUUUUAUCCACGGGAUCUUUUCGACACCACAGGGAGAAAAAUAAAUUGAAAACCGGAUUAGCGGCCUACUUGAAUUUUAAAAAUGCUCGAUUAUUCGUGUCGAUGGUGCAACGACACUUCAAGCCGGGGCUUUACGCCGGGAAUUUUCCACGACGAGCUUUCCGCGCGAGCUUCGACCUCGCGUCACGUGAAAUUCGAUUUCUCUUCGAGGAAUUAUUUCUGGAAUUAUCCUUUGUUUCUGCGUGAAAAAUUGGAUCGAUCAGAAAGAAAGAAAGAAAAAAAAGAGCGAAAUUCCUCUUUUUCCACGUCUCGUCGUAUAACGUAAUUCCAAAAAUCGGGGGAAAAAAUCAAGCUAAUUAAACGAAAAAUCAGAAUAGAUCAGCAGAGUAAAGGGCAGGCAAUAAAAAAAAAAUGAAGAAGAAAAAGAGGAAGAGUUGGGACGAAUCAGCCGAAAUUCCAACCGGUGAAAUCGGUCCGGCGAUCGUUAGUUAGACCCGCGUCGAGAAUUCGAUUGGAUUUGAAUGAGAGGAGGACGGGUAGCGUUCCGCGCGGUGGAUGAAAGGAGACGGGCGGUGUAUGGCGGGAGUUGGACUGGCGAAUGAACGAGGAGGACGAAGGUGGAAAGGAAGGAACAGAGGGACGGGCAGACGAAUGGCCGGGUAACCCAGAUCGGAUCUGCCCAACCGAUCCUACGGAGAGAGACUCGCCAGUUGCGCUCGAGUCGACCAUCGUGCACGGGUUCUCGAACGGUUUGCUCCAUUAUUCCCCGUUGCACGCGUGCUCCUCCUUCUUCAAUAAUCAAAAUCCGAAAAUUCCGCUUAGAACAGUUGUUCACUUACGUCGAAUCGGAUAUACACUUCGAUGGCUGACCGGGUCCGUUUAUGCGACGCGAAGAGGAAGAAUCUGGCGUGAAUUCUCUCGAAACGAAUCGAAGGAUCAGGAUCGUGACGAUCCUGUUGAACAAAUAUUUCUCUCUUACUCGAAGCAGAUAUAAAGGAACGGAGCGAGCCUCAGAGACCGAGAUGCAGCUACAUUUCGGCGGCAAAAGCUAGCCGAGAGGAGAGCGAGAAGCAGAGACGAAGGUAGAGAAAAGGAGAGAGAGCGAGAGAGCGAGAGGAGAGCGGCCGAACUCGAUGGGGACGAUGCGUGUGACGAGAAUCCUGUCGAUGUUGGCGGUCGCGUGGCUGGCGUCCGGGGUCAAGGACCACGUGGCGGCCUUGAACGAGACCAGCCACCGGCUCGAGCAGCCCAUCGAGAACGAGGUUUCGCUCGAGACCGCGGACCGUCAUCGCCAUCCCCAUCAAACCGUGCCCGGCAAACCCACGAAACUGGACGUGAACGUGAACCAAAUAGUCCAAACGGACGACAGAUCUCGAUACCGGGUCGAGGCUAUGGAGAACUCGACGUCCCCCGUUCACGAUUUUCGGGAAGAGGAAGAGGAGAAGGAAGGGAUCGUUCCUGCCUCGCGCGUCCUUGGAGACGAUCCGCCCGGCAACGCGACACACGCGUCGCGGAUAAUGGGGAGCGGGGACGGGAGGAAAGGCGAAAAAGGUAAAGAGGAGAGGCGGCCGGACGCGAGAGAGCACGUGGUAAAGAUACGUGGUCUGAGGAAGGAGUUAGUAGCCGGUAGAAAAGCUAGAAACUUCUUGAACGCCAUCUUUCAGGGAAAGAGUUCCUUUUUAACAGGAUUCGGACUUGGUUUUCUAGCAUUCGGCCUGAAGAAGCUGCUGCUACCUCUGAUUUUCGGUGUACAGAUCAUUAAGAGCGUGCUGCUCGCACUUUUCCUGCCCAGCAUCAUAGGGAGUAUCGGUAAUAUCGUCGGCAAAGGGGUUUCCUCGUUCGCUCAAUCGUCGCACACCACGGCCCAACCCGAAGAGAAUUUCGAGUUCAAGGAUAAUUCCGAUUUGUACAACGACGACUAUUUGACCAGGCAACCGGUAGGUACUCUGCCAGCCUCCGCGAUGUACGACGAAACCAUGAUGCAGUCACAAAAGACAUCGCCAGAAAUCGCCUCGAGAUAUUCUUUCACCGAUCAUAGAAUGACGCAUGCUAAUGCAGUCGCUGAUCGUUACUACACCAGGCACGUCGCCGCUAAUGGACUUUCUAAAAAGCAAGAUUUCAAGGUGUUCCACGAGAUUCCAACGAGCUCGUUGCUGCUGACCAACUACGAUCCUUUCUACUCUCCCCUAUUGUCGCGCCUGGACGCGGUGUUCUCGCGCCUCGGCCACACGACCGAAGGUUGCAGGGAGUACGCCGUGUGCGCGAUGUAUCGGAGCCCGGCCAGGUACGCGCCGUACUCGAACCUCGUCUCGGCGCAAUUGUCCAGGGAAUUGAACGAGCUGAGGAGGCCGAGCAGCGACAAUCCGGACGUGCUCAGGUUCUUCCGUUACAUGAAGGCGGCCAAGGACGGCCAGGACGGCGUCAAGUGCGAGGGGGCGUACUCCAAUUGCGCGAUCGCGCGGGAAGAUCAAAGCCUCAGGCAGAAUCAGGCGAUGCUGGCCACGUAUCAGGACAUCGACAAACUGGUGCACGCGAGGAAGUUGUAAGAGGAUGGAACUCGGCGAGUUUCGAUAAAACUUGCAACAAACUCUUCGAUCCAAUCGAAUAAAUAUUAUUUUUCGUUUACACGAGGGGAUGCCAGAGCGAGAGUGUUUCGAGCGUGUGCUGCUCCAGCUUCUAAUUCGAUUGACAAGAUAACGGAGUUUGAUUCUUGGGAAAUACUUUUUUUACAUCUUGAUCGAUCGAAAGAUGACUUUUAUUCUUUCUGCCCCGAUAUCCACCCGACUAGUCCAGUCGUAUGCGGGCAUCGAAAUCUCCUUCACGAAUGUGAAGAUUCCACGAAAGACUCUCUUUUCCGUUCCGACUGUUCGAAAAAUGGAAAAAAAAGUCUCGAAGCAUCUACGUACUGUACGCGAUGACGGAUCGUCUCACAGGGCAAUUACACGGCCGAUAGUCCGGAUCAAAGACAGUUAAACCGAGGCAAUUCCGUGUCGAUUAAGCAGGGGUAGAAGGCUGGCAACGAAAGAACGUCGAUAAUUACGCGUGGAUAACGGUACACGAUAGCUGGAAACGCGUGUAUCGUUAUCUCGAACGUUGCGCAACGUUGGGGGGACGACGAAUAAUUAUUACUCGAUCAGAAGAGACACGCACGAUUUAUCAGGGAGACAGUUUAUACCGCGUGUUUCUGUUCCUCGGUAUUUCGAGUUACCUUUGAAUCCUCGAUGGCCGAGGAUUGUACGAUAAGAUAACUUAAAAUAACUUUUCUUUCUUUUUCGACGAAGAACGAUUAUUCGUCGACGAUUCAGAGGUAAACCAAGAUCGAGAACGAAGUGGAAAAUCGAAGUGGUAUGUGAUACGUAACGUCACCACGAUUUUCAAAGGAAAACGAGCAAUUCCAUUUGAUUUAGCGGUUUAAUUAAUCGGCAAGAUUAGCUGAUCAUCGCACGGUGGAGUUGGAAAUCGUGAUCAACACCUUCUUCUUUUUCUUUCGAUUUAAUUUACUUUUUUAAUUAUUCGCGAUCAGGGUCGGAUCCAAGCUCCACGAAUUUAGUUAUUUAUUUAUUUAUUUUAAGCCAAGGGUGAGACUGUUUGGCUGUUAAUUUUAAAUUAAUCGAUCGAGCGCGGGGAUGAUGUGAAUAUUCCCGGGCAAAACUAUUAUUUAUUAAUAUAACAAUAUUUCCAUCAGGGUCGGAGAGAGUCGGCCCGACUUCUGGGUCAACCGAGUUCUUUGUACAGUGCGUCAAUAAAAUUGUGAAUGCGCUACCGA